AUGCUGCUGAACCACACAUACCAAACAAAGGAUGACCACUUCUCCUGCUACAGUCCUUCAGUCGUAGGCUACCGGUACUUUGCCGUGCUGUGGGGAUGUAUUGUGACCAUCACCGGUACACUGGGGAACCUGAUGACCAUUCUAGCCUUCGCCUUAGAUCGACGUCUGAGGACUCGCUUCAAUGCACUGAUCAUCAACCUUGCAGUAGCUGAUCUAAUGUACUGCACCAUACUGCAACCCAUCUCAGUUGACUCCUAUCUACACCUCAGAUGGCGCAGUGGUCAGCUCUGAUGCAGCGUCUUCGGCCUGCUCCUCUUCCUCUCCAACUCUGUCUCCAUUAUCACCCUCUGCCUGGUGGCAGUGAGCAGAUAUCUCCUGGUUGCAAAACAGGCUGUUUUUAAUCGUGUUUUCUCUGACCGUGGUCUAAUUUUACUCCUGAUGUCAGCGUGGGCACUAGGCCUGGCCAGCUUUGGCCCACUCUGGCCUGUUUAUGUCUUCGUGCCACAGGUGUGCACAUGCAGCUUCCAUCGUACCCAGGGUCGCCCCUACACCACCAUCCUGCUUUUUUUCUACUUUUUAGUCGGUCUGGGCUGUGUUGGCACUUUCUACCUUCUCAUUUACAGACGUGUCCGGGUUGCCUCACAGGCUCUGCUUCGCUACAGGCUGAGCCGCCGCUCAUCCAGAAAGAAACCAGCCUCUUCAGUACAAGGGACUGUUGACAGUGGUGUACAGAGUGACAUGGCCAAUACAUGUAGCUGUGAGAUAAACAGCCAGGAAGAUCUAGCACAAAAUGAGGAUAAGAUCACCUCCGGAAAGUCCUUCCAAUCUACCCAAGGAUCUGCCACAGCCUUGAAUUCAUCAGCAGCCAAUAAGCCUCCCUCUGAUAUCAUCCCCACACCACCUUCAUCCAGAGCUGCAACGACCACUGCAGCAGCUUCAUCCAACUCAGGAGAUGAUGGUGAAUUUAAGCGUGUGACUCGCAUGUGCUUCACUGUUUUCCUGUGUUUCGUGUUCAGCUUUGUCCCCUUCCUGUUGCUCAACAUAGCCGACAAACAUAACCGCGCCCCACAAAUACUGCAUAUGUUCUGUGGAAACCUCACCUGGCUCAACAGCUGAAUCAACCCUGUGCUCUAUGCUGUCAUGAACCGACAGUUUCGACAGGCCUACCAUGGGCUGCUCACCAGGGCUGCUGCACCCUUCACCUGCCUCUGGACCUGGUGGCAGGCUCUGAGAUCCUGAUUUCCUCAAACUUGCCUACUUUAAACCCAGUAUGAUAUUAUUCUAGACAAAUACAAGACAAUUUACAUUCAGGCAUCAUGAAGUUUUAAGUUGUUUCUUUGUGUGAUUUAUUUAGUAGAGACAGAGAAGGAAAGGAGUAAGGCAGGGUGUUAGCUCUCAUGUAAGGAACAAAAGCACAGGUUGAAUGUGAUGAAAAUAAUAUUAGUGUUCCUUUUGCUUUGUGUUGC